AGAAACAAAAAAUAAUAAAGUCGCGUCGUAAAUUCUUGUGAGAUAAAAGAAAAACUAUUACUCAAGUAUUCUGGGAUUUUUUUUGUUUCGUUUUUCGAUUAUAACAUAAAUUGAGACAAAGAAUAAAAUUUUUAAAAGUUUUUUGUGGCCCCUAGUCUUAAGGGCAAAUAAUAUAUAUAAAUAUAUAUAUGUACAAUAUAUAUAUAUAUAUAUAAAUAUAUAUAUUAACUUAUGAAGGAAGUAUCGAUUAAUAAUUUGCCUUGAAAGAAAUUUAGGGACAUACAAGCCGCAAGUCUUAUUGGCUUAGUCCAUCCUAAACCCACAUUAAAAAAAGGAAGAAAAACUUGGUGCAAAUAGAUUAAAGAAUUUUUAUAAACCAUCUGCUUUUGUCGUCAUUCAGUACCGAUGGUGUUUUCCCGGCGUCCACAAAAAAAUACUAAUGGUGGCUUCGGUUACCGGCCCUUUGUUGUUAAUUCAUUCACCGUUUCGCUGGUGGUUCUCUGCUUUGCCACCGGGUGUAAUGCAACCGCGACAGAUAUUGCAUUGGAUGCCAAAGCUACGUUAACGCAUAGAAUCGAUAGCCUCAACCUUCUUGUGUACACUUUCUUAUUGACCCUGACUGUGCUAACGAUAUGGUUAUUUAAACAUCACCGGGUUUCGUGGUUACACGAAACGGGUUUGGCUGUGAUUUACGGUUUAAUUGUGGGCGCCGCCAUUCGUUAUUCUGGUUCAUCGACGCCUCUAAUACAUCUGGAGGUUGAACCUGAAAAUAAUUCAACGUAUAAUCAAACUCUACCGCCGGAUACGCUAUGGCUAAAAUUCCCAGGAAAGUUGACUCCGCCUCAUAGCCUGGAACCUAUAGAAAAUAAAACGUAUGCCUACACGUUUCGUAGUCAAGUCUAUGGAGAGGGUGAAAACGAAAUCGACUUAAAGGCCACCUUCGAUCCAGAGAUUUUCUUCAACAUUAUAUUACCGCCUAUUAUAUUUCAUGCUGGGUAUAGCUUAAAGAAGAAAUAUUUCUUCCGCAAUCUUGGCGCUAUUUUAACGUUUGCGAUUUUGGGAACUACUUUAUCAGCUUUCUUAAUUGGAGCGAUCAUGUAUGGUUGCGUAAAAUUAAUGCCUAAAUAUUUGAGCAGCAGUUUUACAUUUUUGGAUACUUUGUAUUUCGGAGCAUUAAUAUCGCCCACCGAUCCCCUAACCAUUCUAGCAAUAUUCCAUGACUUACAUGUGGAUGUCAACUUAUACGCAUUAGUAUUUGGAGAAUCCGUUCUAAAUGAUGCUGUUGCUAUAGUUUUAAGUGGAGCUAUACAAAACUACGGUGAACAUUAUUCGAGCACUGGCGAAUUUGAAACAUAUGCUUUCUUCCAGGCUUUGGGAGAUUUCUUCGGAAUUUUUAUGCUCUCGUUGCUAAUUGGAGCGUUAAUGGGUUGCUUUACUGCAUUGUUGACUAAGUUCACUCGAGUUCGAGAUUUCCCCCUGUUGGAAUCGGCACUUUUUGUUCUCAUGUCUUACAGCACUUUCUUAAUAGCCGAGGCCUCUGAACUUACAGGUGUGGUGGCCGUAUUAUUUUGUGGCAUUUGUCAAGCUCAUUACACGUAUAAUAAUUUGUCGGAGAAUUCCCGCACUAGAACUAAAGAAAUCUUUGAACUGUUAAAUUUCCUAGCUGAAAACUUUAUAUUUUCGUACAUCGGUGUUUCGAUGUUUACGUUUCCAAAACACCAUUUUGAUGCCGUUUUCAUAAUAACUGGUUUUGUAUGUGCAGCCAUAGGUCGUGCUGUUAACAUAUACCCAUUGUCUUGGCUUUUAAAUUUAAAUCGUAAGCCAAAGAUAUCAGGCAACUUCCAGCAUAUGUUAUUCUUUGCCGGGCUACGAGGAGCAAUGUCGUUUGCUUUGGCUAUAAGAAACACUUUAUCAGAGGCCCGCCAAACAAUGCUAACCGCCACCUCUUUAAUUGUUAUAUUCACAGUCAUCAUCCAAGGUGGUGCCGCAAAUUUUUUACUUAACUGGCUAAAAAUACCUGUUGGUGUUGAUGAGGAGACUGAGCAAUUAAACAACUAUCAAGUGCGCAGUGUUUACAAUUCGAUGGAAAAUACAGCCAAUGCGUCUGAUGCUUAUUUACAGGACUGUGGCGAUCUGGACAGUAGCACAGCAACUAGCGGCAAUGGAGUUGGUGCCGUAAACAACGCACCUAGACGUAAUGAGAAAGCUAUAUUAGCUCGUUUAUGGGGAAAUUUCGAUACGAAAUAUAUGAAACCUUUAUUAACACAUUCGCGACCUACACUAUUGGAAACCUUACCGGUUUGUUGUAAUCCGGUAGCACGUCUUUUAACUACUACCGAACAACUAACACAGGAUGGAAGUUUAAGACGCACUGAUUCCGAUUCGGAUGUGUGCAUUGAUGACGACUUAUCAGGUCGUAAUCGUGGUGGCAGUGGUGGGGGUGGCUCAGUUACGAGUAUACCCAGCGGAGAUGCACGCCGCAAUUCUAUUAAUCGUAUUGAUAAUUCUUUGAACAUCUGUUAUUAGAUAAGAUUAUGUUUAAAGCUUCGAAUUGUUUUGUAUAUUUUGCAGAGUUACGUAAAUUUUGAAACAAUGGUAUUUAAGAAACAUCAAUCCAAAUUUUAGAGAUUAAAUGUACAUAUAUACGCUUGAUAGGCUACGAUUGUGCGAGUACCACUGUUCCAAAUUUAUUUUUAACAUAUAACUAUUAAAAUGAUUUUUUUUUUGGCUAACAUGUUUGUAUUCUAUUUCGUAUUGUGAAUUUAUUUAUUUUGUCUUGUUAUUUGAUUAAGAGGAAUCAUUUUAAGUUUUUUAUAUAAAUUCUACAAUUUUAGAAUAAAAAAUUUUGAAUUGAAAAGAGUGA